AUGGGAUUUUGUUAAAGUAAAGAAGCUAUAAUCGAAGGUUCAAUUCGUAAAGUUCAUCCUUUGAAUAUGGAGGCUAGUGCAGUUCUAACAAUAAAUUAUGUAAAAAUUCCAAAUAAAUUUAAACGAUUGCCUUAAAAUAAAUCAUGUGGUUUGAUAGGAUUAUAAAAUUUAGGGAAUACCUGUUAUAUAAAUGCAGUAGAUAGUUUGAUUUUAAUUUAAGGCUAUAUAAUGCCUAUCGAAUACAUAACCCCUUACAGAAUAUUUUCAAUAGAAUAUUCACCAUCAUGAGUUGAAUAUAGAAAAUCCAUAAUCAAGUAGAGGAUAAUUAACAAAUGCAUAUGGUCAUUUAAUCUGCUAACUUUGGAGAGAAUAAUAUACAAAGAGCAUCAAUCCUAUUUAAUUGAUUUCAAUGAUUCAGUAUUGGAAUCCAUUUUUUGUAAUAAACACUUAGCAAGAUAGUCAUGAAUUAUUAGCAUUUUUAUUAGAUAUGAUGCAUGAAGAUUUAAAUAGAGUAAAAAUAAAACCCUACGUUGAAGAGAAAACAUUUGAUUAAUAGCCAAAUUAAAUAGAAGCAGAUAGGGCUUGGAAAGAUUAUUUAAAAAGGAAUCGAUCAAUAAUUGUGGAUUUAUUUUAAGGAUAAUCAAGAAAUAUGUUACAAUGUUUGAUAUGUAAUACAAGAUCUUAUAAAUUUGAAACAUUUAUGUAUUUGAGUUUACCAAUAUAAGGAGAUGGGGAUUUAUUAUAGUGGAUAUCUGAAUAUUUAAAAGAGGAGGAAUUAGAUGAAGGAAAUUAAUGGUUUUGUUCAGGAUGUAAAUCUUUUUAGAAGAGUAAAAAAGAAAUAAAAUUAUGGAUGUUGCCUAAUAUCUUAGUGAUUCAUUUGAAAAGAUUUAAGUUUACAUUGAGUUAACGUUGUAAAUUGAGAUACUUAAUUAAUUUUCCAAUAUAUAAUUUGGAUCUUAGUAGUUAUUCUGAAUAAGAAUAAGCUACUUAUGAUUUAUAUGGAGUUAUAAAUCAUAGUGGUACAUUGCAUUCAGGUCAUUAUACAUCUUAUUGUAAAAAUAAGAAUACAUAAAAAUGGUAUAAUUUUGACGAUACAAGAGUUAGAGAGAUAAAGGAGAAAGAAGUUAUUAGCAGUGAUGCUUAUUUACUUUUUUACUAUAAAAAUAGUGUGGAUUCUUAUGAUAGAUAAAGUGAAAUUAUGGGAUCAAGUAUAAAAAAUUCAUAAGCUUCUCUUCCAAAGUAGAUUAGUUUUUUUGAAAACAAUAAUUUAAACCUGAAUAAAAAGAAAGGAAUAAAUAAUAAUUUAUUUUUAUCAUAAACAGAGUCUACUCCUUAAAUAUUUGGAAAGAAGAGAAGUGUGAAAAUAUAAAAAUUAAGUCCACUUCCAUAAAAGAAAGUAAUAUUUUUUGCAUCAGAUAAUUAAAAGAUAUAAUGA